UUUUCUUUUUCUUUUUGCAUUAUAUACAUUAAUGUUGCAAGGAAAGAAUAAAGAUAUAAUUCAUAUAUCACUGUUAUAUAUAAUUCAAUAUUUAAGUAUUUCAGUUAUUAUAUUAAAUGCUUUGGCUUUAAAUGAAACAAAGAAUACAAAUCAAGGAUUAAUUAUUGCCGCAAAAUCAGGACCACAAGAGUACAUUUUACUAAUAUUAGGAGCAAUUUCAUUGUUUGCUGCUUUCCUUUUACUAUGUUCAUACCUUCGAAUGGUUCCAUGUCUCUUAGAAAACAAAUCUAUUUUAUUAUCAAAAAGAGCAUUGAUACUAGAAAUAUGUUUAUCAGCCAUAAUUAUUUUUCUUUGGACGCUAAUUUCAGUCAAUAUUUUGAUGUAUUUUCAUGGACUAUCCUCAUGUAAAAAGCGAAAUAUAUCUGUAUUAAUCACAGAUAUUUAUUUUGACAAAUUUGGUAACAGUAACACUAUAGUAAGCUCCAAAGCAUGUAAUUUUGCAAAUACUAUGAUUAUAAUAUCAUUUGUUACAAUUAGUGUUUGGUUGCUAGUAUUAUUGUCGUCUAUAUAUUCAUUCUCAAAUAUAAAAAACCGUUCUUCUAUUAGUGAUUUAUUUAUCAUGCAAGAACCAAUAUUAUAUGAAAACCAGUUUCAAACAAAUCAAUUUAGCAAUAGAAACACUGUGUCAAUUAUUAAUACCUAUUCAUUUAAUAUAACAAAGAUAGAAAAUGAAGAGAAAAUACUUAAUCGAGCGAGUGAUCAUCUGAUACUUAAUAAUGACCAGCAAAGAAAUACUCUUCUUGAUCUCCCUUCUUCUCCUCCUAGAGCUAUUUUAGCAACUAAUAAUCGACAUUUUGACUUUACUUAUUUAAAGCCUAUCAAUCUUGGUUUGUAGCUUUCAUAACAACUAUUUCCUCUUUUUUUUUUUUUUUUUU